GCAAUGACGUGGUCAGCACUGACGAGUCGAGCACUACAUCUCUCGUCCAACGCCAAACUCUCUCUCUCUCUCUCUCUCUCUCUCUGCAGAUAGAUAGGUAGAUCCGAUCGCGGCGAGGAAGAUCGAUGAGUCGGAUACACCCUUCGUAUCAACGCCAAGAUGCCGCCGCCGCCGCCGCCUCAACGGCAGCGCCGCGAGCGGCGGUGUACACGGUGUGGAAGAGGUCCAGCAUGGGGUUCCAGGGCACCGACGGCUUCUCCGUCUACGACGACGCCGGCAGCCUCGCCUUCCGUGUUGACAACUACUCGCGCCGCCGCAAGCUCUUCUCCGGCGACCUGCUGCUCAUGGAUGGACAUGGCUCGCCUCUCCUCGCCCUCACCCCACAGAUUAUCAGCAUGCAUGACCAAUGGAAUUGUUACAGAGCGUCAGAAGAAGGCCAAGGCAAGAGGGCAAGAUCACAACAACUCUUCUCAAUGAGAAAAUGCUCAGUUAUGCAAAGCAGUCAUGAAGCAGAAGUGCACAUGUCAGGAUGUACCCAUGCGUCGUCAGAUCGUACUGGCCAUGUUCCCGCCUUCUCAAUCGAGGGCAGUUUCAAGAGAAGAAGCUGCAAGAUCCGCAACAGCGGCGGUGAGGAGGUCGCAAGGAUAACGAGGAAGAAAGCUGGAGCAGCAUCAUUGUCACUGACUCUUGCUGAAGAUGUUUUCAGUCUUGAGGUCCAACCGAAUGUAGAUUGUGCGAUGAUCAUGGCUUUCGUCAUUGUUCUGGAUCGGAUCUGCUGGAAGCCAUACACACCUAUGAUCUGUUCUUCAUAGUUCAAGGUGAUGAGCUCUAUUUGACAUGUAGGAAAUAGAUGUUUCAAUUCAAGUGAAAUCGACGAAUUAACUCAAGAAGCUAGUAUGAGACUGUAGUCACUAAUUGUACUGUCGAUUGACUGGGACUAACAUAACAUGUAACUUGUUCUAAAUUUGACUACUUAUGAAAGGAAGAUCGAAUUAGCAGAUUGAAUCAAAA